AUGACAACCUUACUGUCCGACCUCACUUCCACUCUUAACUCCGCGCUGGCAAACCUCCCAGCCCCAGAGAACAUUAAAGAUGAGGAGCGUGUGCAGCUUCUCGGGGCAAUCGGUCAGCUUCAGUCCGCACUGGAGACGCCAGUCCAGAUCAUCCAAAAGCAUUGUUUCGCGCACUAUGGAAUUGCCGGAAUCAGGGUUGCCCAGGGCAUGGGAAUCUUUGAUGCUUUCGUCACAUCCAACGGGGCCGAAAUGACCCUGGCAGAACUCUCGUCAAAAACGAAAGGGGACGUGGAGCUUCUGAAACGCAUAAUGCGAUUCCUUUGCUCCCACAACAUCUGCAAGGAAACCAACACCGAAACAUAUCAGCCUUCACAGAUCGCCAUGCUGUACGGAACUGGUUCAGUGCCUGGUGAUAUGAUCAAGCAUUUUCAUACAAACAUGCAAAUCACCUCAAAGCUCUUUGACUACUUCGAAGAGAAGGGGUACAAGAAUCCUUCAGAUGCCUACGAUGCACCCUUCCAGCUGGCCUAUCAAACGAACGAGCAUUACUUCGAAUGGCUGAGCAAGAGACCCGCGACACAAAGCGUGUUCAACUCAGUAAUGACUGAAAGCAAACGACACUACGGUGUUGAGUGGUUUGAGAUUUUCCCAGUUCUGGACAAGUUACAGGUACCUCCGGAGCGAGUCGCGUUUGUCGACGUUGGUGGUGGUGUCGGGCAUGAUGUUAUAGCACUCAAGACACGGUUCCCACAACUGCCGGGCAAAUACAUUGUCCAGGAUCUCCCACAAGUCAUUGACGACAUCAAAGAGCCGCUCGGCGAAGGAAUCAGUGCUGUCAAGAUCGAUAUGUUCGAGGGACAGCCUAUUCAAGGUGCUAAGGCUUACCACUUGCGGACGGUUUUGCAUGACUGGCCCGACAAGCCGGCGCUUGAAGCUCUGCGUCACAUUCGGAAAGCGAUGGCCAGUGACUCAAUCCUUCUCAUUAAUGAGCAUGUAAUGCCCGAGGGUGCCAAUGUUCCUGCGCUAUCUGCAACACUCGAUAUCCAUAUGAUGGAGGUCUUUUCCUCCCUUGAGCGAACAGAGAAGCAAUGGGUUGAUCUGCUCGAGAAGGCGGAGUUCAAGGUUACCCAAGUUUGGAGGUCUGAUGCAGACUUUCGUACUGCGGUAUUUGAGGCUACUUUGGCAUAA